UUUAUUUCCAGCUAUUGCAACAUUCCAAAUGUUCAGUUAAGGAAGCAUCCAAACACAAUGACACCACACGCAGAGAUAGCAACUUAGCAAAGCAAAGCAAUGCAAAUGCACAAGCAAAAGAAAACCCAGAACGCAUUCGGCGUGCCAUCACCCUUAUAAAUAACCCUCUCAUAUGAUCCUCUAGCACCGUCAACCAUCAAUUCCUUCACAUAACAUAGAAACCAAAUCAAAGUAGCAUCCUACAGGAGCAGCCAGCAUGAAGAUCUUCAUCGUGCUCGCUCUCCUCACUCUCGCAGCUAGCAGCGCCUCUGCGCAGCAGCCAGGCUACUAUGGAAGCCUGCACCCAUGUGGCGAAUUCCUCAGGCAGAGGUGUCCCGCGGUCACAGGGUGGCCCUACGCCUGGUCGCGCACAUGGCAGCCAAGCAGCUGCAUGGCGAUGCACCAGCAGUGCUGCCAGCAGCUCAGGCAAGUGGAGCCGCUCCAUCGAUGCCAGGAGGUCUGCAGCUUGGUUGAAACUACAGUACAGCAGAUGAUGCUGCAAGGCUCCGAGUAUUAUGAACUUCAGCAUGCUGCUCUGGGUGCCAAGAACCUGCCGGCCAUGUGUGGCAUUUCACUGCCCAGUUACUGCACCACUCCGUGCGCCAUCGCUGGUGGCGGUGCCUGCUGCUGAAGAACCAUAGAACAAGUAAUAAAGUGCUGAAUCAUCAUGUAUGGGCAAUGAAAUCACAAUAAUAUCAGUUCAAUAAAAUCUUUGGUUCUGGCUGGCCC